CGCUUCACACCGCGAGCUGGCACGCGCGCCACACGUGCGACAUUAGAGAAAGACGUGGUCAGUCACUGUCUGGACUCCAGGAUAACUAGCCAGUUGCUAAAACGCGUGUCCGUGUGAACUUACAGUGGGAAUAAGACAGAGUGAAGACCGUAGACGCUAUGUCCGGACGCGCGAGAGCAAGACCACGUGGCAGAGCGCGUGGCCAAGAGACUGGGGCCCCAGGCGCGCAACCGCCUCUGCCUCAGAAGGAAGCUCAAGCCGUGUGGCCACCACCGCCUGAGAGAGAGCUCCCAGGGAGGGGAAGACAGAAAUCUGCCCCCGUGGUGGCGGCAGAAGCUGUGCUCCAGAUUUCUGCUGGCUUCCAGCAAGUGAAGCUUGGCGAGAGAGGAGGACGCAGGCGGGACUUCCAUGAUUCUGGCGUUAACACUCGCCAACUGAUGGAACAUGUCAAGGAGUCCAAGACAGGUUUGUCUGGAUCUCCCAUUGAGCUCAGAGCGAACUAUGUGCGUCUGUUGUCGCGGCCCCAGUGGGCUCUGUUCCAGUAUCAUGUGGAUUUUAAGCCUCCCAUGGAGUCUCGGCGCGUGCGCAUGGCACUGCUGUAUAGUCACGAGGACGUACUAGGCACAACGAAGACUUAUGAUGGAACUAUCCUCUUCCUGCCUCAUCGACUUCAUGACACUGAGACAGUGCUGUGGACUGAAAACAAGCUUGGAGAGAAAGUGCAGAUCACGAUCACACUGACCAAUGAGCUGCAUCCAUCUUCUCCUGUAUGUCUGCAGUUCUAUAACAUUAUCUUCAGGCGGAUUCUGAAGAUUCUAAACAUGCAGCAGAUUGGGCGUCAUUACUACAACCCAGACGACCCCCUGAACAUCCCACAGCACAGGCUGACCAUCUGGCCUGGCUUUGUGACCAACAUCCUGCAGUACGAGUCCAGCAUCAUGCUGUGUCUUGAUGUGAGCCAUAAGGUUUUGCGCAGUGAGACUGUUCUCGACUUCAUGUGCAACUUGAGACAGCAGUGUGGAGACCAGCGCUUUGUUGACGUCUGUACCAAAGAGCUAGUCGGAGUCGUCGUCCUCACCAAGUAUAACAACAAGACCUACAGGGUUGAUGACAUCGCUUGGGACCACACGCCCACCAACACCUUCAAGAAAGGAGACACUGAUAUAAGUUUCAAAGAUUACUAUAUGACGCAAUACAAUCUGCAGAUCACUGAUGAGAAUCAGGUACUGCUGGUCAGUCAUAUUAAAAGAAUGGGCCCUACAGGAGCUCCUCCACCAGGACCUGCCUUACUCAUCCCGGAGUUCUGCUACCUCACAGGUCUGACUGAUAACAUGCGCAACGAUUUUACCAUCAUGAGGGAUCUUGCCACUCACACCAGACUGUCCCCAGAACAGAGGGAGAACCGCCUCAACAGAUUCAUUAGCAAAAUAAACAAGAACGCCAGCGCUCAGGAUGCACUCGGAAGAUGGGGUCUAAACUUUGAGAACAAGAUGCUGAAUCUGACUGGAAGAGUCCUUCCUGCUGAAAGGAUCCUCCAGGGAGGAAGAGCCUACGAGUACAACCCGUGGGUCGCGGAUUGGUCUAAAGAGAUGCGAGGACUUCCUCUGAUCAACAGCAUACCUCUGGGAAACUGGCUGAUGUUCUUUACACGCCGUAACGCUGACAUCGCUCACUCCCUGAUGCAGACCCUCAACAAAGUGUCUGGGCCCAUGGGCAUCCGAAUGCAGAGGCCAGGAAUGAUCGAGUACGACGAUCGACAGGAGGCUCUUCUGAGAGCUCUGCAGCAGAAUGUGGGGCAACAAGUUCAAAUGGUGGUCGUCAUCCUGCCCACCAACCGUAAGGAUAAAUAUGAUUGUGUGAAGAAGUACCUGUGUGUGGAAUGUCCCACUCCAAGCCAGUGUGUGGUGGCGCGCACCCUCACCAAACCUCAGGCUCUCAUGACCAUAGCCACAAAAAUUGCCCUGCAGAUGAACUGCAAGAUGGGAGGAGAGCUGUGGAGUGUCGAGAUCCCGUUGAAGCACUUGAUGAUUGUGGGUAUCGACUGCUACCACGACACUGCUGCAGGAAAGAGAUCCAUCGGUGCACUGGUGGCCAACCUCAACCAGGGCAUGUCCAGGUGGUUUUCAAAGUGUGUCUUACAGAGCCGUGGUCAAGAGAUCAUCGACGGACUCAAAGUGGCUCUGCAGGCUGCACUGAAGACCUACUUCAGAUACAACAAAUGUUUGCCAUCUCGCAUAAUCGUGUACCGCGAUGGCGUGGGCGACGGCAUGCUGCAGAGCGUCGUCAACUACGAAGUGCCUCAGAUCAUGCAGUCCAUCAAGGCGAUGGGAGAAGAUUAUGCGCCCAAGCUGACCGUGGUGGUGGUGAAAAAACGCAUCGCUUCCAGAUUUUUCACUCUCCUCGAUGCCAGACUGUCCAACCCUCCUCCUGGGACGGUCAUCGACACUGAAGUAACCCGGCCUGAGUGGUACGAUUUCUUCAUUGUGAGUCAGGCCGUGCGCAUGGGCAGCGUCUCCCCUACUCACUACAACGUGGUGUACGACAGCAGUGGCCUCAAACCAGACCACAUGCAGAGACUCACCUACAAGCUUUGUCACCUGUAUUAUAACUGGCAGGGAAUUGUGCGAGUUCCUGCACCGUGUCAGUACGCUCACAAACUGGCCUUCCUGGUCGGUCAGAGCAUCCACAGGGAGCCCAACGUCAACCUGGACGACUUGCUCUACUACCUGUAAAAAGGUCACACGUGAUGACCUUUGUAUUACGUUGGGGGGGACAAUUGUUAUGCAGUUCAUGUCAUUUUGAUUUUACAGUUUAGGUUUUAUUUGUUAACCUGAUAUUUCUGUUCUUGGUUGUAAUAUUAGAAUUUUAGUAAAAAUUAGCUUUAAAAAAAUGUAAUUUCUUUGCAAUUUCUGUUAAAAGU